AUGAGGUGGCAGCGCGGCACUCGAUUUAAUGGUCUCUGGCUGAUGGUCCCAUGGUUGUCAUCAGUCUUGGUCCUGAUUCUGGGCUUUUGGGGCCCAGCUACAGCUGUUGCAACACCACAUGAACAGCAUGCCUCAACUGCUUUCUCCAGCCAGGUACCAUUGGACUGGUUGCUUACUGAUCGAGGACCAUUCCACCGAGCCCCAGACUACGUUGACUUUAUAGAGCGCUAUCGGCAGGGUUUCACCACUAGAUACAGGAUCUACCGAGAAUUUGCUCGUUGGAAAGUCAAUAACUUGGCAUUAGAAAGAAAAGAUUUCUUCAGUUUGCCUUUGCCUCUGGCUCCAGAAUUCAUCCGCAACAUUCGUCUUCUGGGGCGUCGGCCCAGCCUUCAACAGAUCACAGAGAACCUGAUUAAAAAAUACGGGACCCAUUUCCUUCUCUCAGCAACUCUUGGAGGGGAAGAAUCCUUGACCAUUUUUGUGGACAAACGGAAGCUCAGUCGGAAGGCAGAAGCUGGUAGCCUCUCCGGGAGUGGGGGAAGUAACACCACCGUCUCCUUGGAAACACUGCAUCAGCUGGCAGCCUCAUAUUUCAUCGAUCGGGAGAGCACCCUGAGACGUCUCCAUCAUAUCCAGAUAGCAACUGCUGCAAUCAAGGUUACUGAAACCAGGACGGGCCCACUUGGCUGCAGUAAUUAUGACAACCUUGACUCUGUGAGUUCAGUUCUUGUGCAGAGCCCAGAAAACAAGGUUCAGCUACUUGGUCUUCAGGCAGUACUACCUGAGUACUUGCGAGAACGCUUUGUUGUUGCUGCUCUAAGUUACAUCACCUGCAAUUCAGAGGGGGAGCUGCUGUGCCGAGAUAAUGACUGCUGGUGCCAAUGUGGGUUUAAUUACCCACAAUGCAAUUGUCCUGAGACUGACAUCCAGAGUAUGGAAGACAGCCUUCUCCAGAUUCAGGAAAUCUGGGAGAGUCACAACCAACAGUUUCGGGAAUCAGAGGAACUACAGUCGCUUGUGAAGAAGCUGCCAGUGGAUCGCUUCCUGAACAUAACUGCCAUCUCCCAAUAUUGGGCAGCAGAUGUUGAUAUUCAGCAUCGCUAUAAAAAAUUGGGCAUGACUUUGAAGAUGCUAGAAAAGAAAAGCCAUCGGAUUGUCCGACGCCUUUUCAAUCUGGCUAAACGCUGCCCCAGGCAACCUCACUUCAAACUCUUAAAGGAGAGGCCUUUGACCUACUGGUGGAGCCACGUUCAGUCCCACCUUUACUGCAAUGAGGCCUCUGUGCUGGGGACAUUUUUUGAAGAAAGCCGUGGCUGCAUCUGCCCGAAUGAUCAGCCCUCUUGUCAGGUCACCAUCCCUUGCGCUGUAGGAGAAGGGUCAGAAUGUGCUGCCUGUGCAGAGGAUAACAUCACCCAGUGUGGAUCCUGCAACCCUGGCUACAUCCUCACUUUAGGGUUGUGUCGCCCAGAGGUGGCAGACUCCCUUGAGCAUUACUUGGGGCUAGAAACAGACCUGCAGGACUUGGAGCUCAAAUAUCUUCUGCAAAAACGGGACAGCCGCAUUGAAGUACGGUCAAUCUUCAUUAGCAAUGAUAUGCGCCUGGGGACUUGGUUUGACCCUUCCUGGAGGAAGAGGAUGCUGGUAACACUGAAAAGCAACAAGUACAAGCCAAAUUUGAUCCACCUCAUGCUGGCCCUCUCCCUCCAGAUCUGCCUCACCAAGAAUAGCACCUUGGAACCAGUCAUGGCCAUCUACGUCAACCCCUUUGGGGGCAGCCAUUCCGAGAGCUGGUUUAUGCCUACCAAUGAGACUGGCUUCCCUGACUGGGAAAGGACUAAUGUAGAUGCCUCUGGCCAAUGCCAAAACUGGACUCUCACUUUAGGUAGCAAGUGGAAGACUUUUUUUGAAACAGUCCAUGUCUAUUUGCGGAGCCGCAUCAAAUCUCUUAAUGACAGCUCUAAUGAAACCAUCUUUUAUGAGCCUUUGGAAACGGAUCCUUCUAAGAACUUGGGGUACAUGAGAAUCAAUAGCUUGCAGGUCUUUGGCUACAGCCUGCCAUUUGAGUCUGAUGCAAUUCGGGACCUUGUCCUUCAGCUAGAUUACCCCUAUACACAAGGCUCGCAGGACUCUGCUAUAUUGCAACUGAUUGAGAUCAGGGACCGAGUGAACCGUCUCUCUCCACCCGGGAAAAGCCGCAUUGAUCUUUUCUCUUGCUUGCUUCGGCAUAGGCUCAAGCUGGCCAACAAUGAAGUAAGUCGGAUCCAGUCUACCCUGCAGGCCUUCAAUGCCAAGCUGCCAAACCCAGUGGAAUAUGAGACUGGAAAACUCUGCAGCUAGCCUUAGGAGUGGGUGGGGCUACUCCUGUAACCCUGGAGAGGAAAAGAAACUGCAACAAUCAAAGGCCUUACUUUCAUGCCAGCCAUUCAAUUCCAUGAGACAGCCAACAGAUGAUUGCAGGCUCUGUGAACUUUGGAAAUAAGUUAUGGCACAUCAAUCUUUGGAAUAGCUUACCUAAGAGGAGGCCACAAGACAGUGCUACUGCAAAUGUCCUACUCAAAACACUGAACAGGUUAUCUUUUCCCCUUUCCUGCUGACUACAUGCAAGAAACUGUGAAGGAACCUGUAGACUGGGAAAAAGAAAGUGACAAGUGAAAGCAGCAUGACAGGAAUGGCAAUAAAGCCUUUUGCUCUGUGUCUGGAAAUUUUGGCUAGUAAGCCCUUAAAAAGUUGAAAAAGAGUGAAACACGAUUCUUGCAGGGCUUUCAAGAAAGCCUAGUUUGAAAACCUCUUUAGUCCUUGCUUUCCUUGAUACUGUUUACUUUUGUAUUAUUUUUAUGGGUGUUUCUAACAAUGGCAUGGGCUUGAUAUUCUCUAUGUUCCCUUCUAAAGCCACCAUCCUAAGCACAUCUUUCUCGGAAGGUAGCUCCAUCUCUGUCAGUUGGAAAAAUGCCUUUCAAAGAAAGAAGUUUAGGAAUCAAGUUUCAACUGACUCCCCAUGUCCCUGUUUCACUUUUUCAUUUGAUUCCUGGAGCCAUUACAUUAGAGUGCAAGCAUUUAACUGGCUAAUAUCAUUUGGGAUAUGAAAAGUGUGCCUAAAUUAUCUCUUUUUCUCUCUCCUUACCAUGAAACAUAUCACACUCUUCUGUCCCUUUUAAUCACUUGCUUCUCUCAUAUGUGGCUGAUUUCAUGGGAAAUUACAAAAUUUCCAUCCAGGAAAAGUGAUGCAGAUGCCAUUGUUCUUAA